GCCUCGCAUCGCCCCGCCCGACAAACCUUUCCAGCCGAUCGGGCACAGACAAUUUGCAAACCUCGUCAACUUUCCUCACUCUUCCUACCCCAUGACCAAUAUGUGUAGAUGGCCAUAGCGCCUCAUUCGGCUUGUCUCGCCUUCUUUCUCCAGCCACAUACCUGCAUCCUCUAAAUCGUUAAUGUUGUAUCUGGGGGAGAUCUCAUGACAUCCUUCUCACUCACAACAUAAGAUGGCGCCUUUUGGAAAGCGGAAAUCUUUUACGCAGCCUUCCCAUCCCCAAAAUGAGGUCAAAGAAGUCCGUCGCCGAAACCGUCUCUCCAAGCCUCUCACCAACAAGUCUUCCACUGCCGUCAACCACGAAGCGACUUCCCAAUCUCGAAGUCAAGAUGCAACUCCUACUGAAUCCGUACAGUCGGUCCCUUUGUCUCCGCACCCAUAUAAUCCGGCCUUGAGACACCAAAUCAAAAGCGACGUCUUCAGCGAUGAUACCCCAGCCUCACAGCAGGCAUCGAAGAGCACCGCUUCCCUGAGCGUUGCUCAAAUAUCGACCCAUUUCGAUAUUGCCUCUCUACCCCAAGGCGAUGCCCAGGAGGCAUUGAUCGUCUCGCUGAAACCGAGAAAGAGCAAGUCCAUCAUACUACGGCGAAUAUCUGCACGCAAUGCCAGUAACUUGAGCCAGACCGCUAGCAAAGAGACUAUCAAUCUGGCAAAGGAUGACCUACCAAAAUCUGGUACGCCCAGUUCAUCUGCCGAUUGUAUCGUUGUCCACCCUGGUGGCCCCCCUCCAACCCGCAGAUCGUCCUUCACCCCUGGCACUGCCACGAGGAAAGCCUCUGCGAAAGAGAUGCAGGAUGUACCUACCAAGAGACAGUCUAUCAUUCGUGAGGUAGAGGAAAGAAGUUUGGUCGACGCAGACGAUCUCGAAUGGCGACGGCCACCUGCUCCGAGAACAGGAGAGCGGGCUGGUACCCCUGCGGAACUGGGAUAUUCCCAUCUCGGGGGCUUCAGAGUGGGAUCCCUGCAGGUUAUGAAUGGCCGUGCCUCUCCCGCACCCAGUGAAAUGUCCAAAAUUUCCAGGCAUCUUCUGCUGAUCCCCAAGCGGCCAAGAGACAUCUCAAGUGAUUAUGGUGAUGCUGAUGAUCAAAUUCCUCAAGCAUUUGUCGAGUAUCCGCUGCAGAACCAGCCGAUGGCUGAUCCUGCGGAACCCUUAAACAAAACCCAUGCACAAGCUGCCGAGACCAACUGGGACGAGCUCGACCCAAGGACCAAAAUACCCCUCGAUUUAGAGGAUGAUCAGGCUUCUCAAAUCGCAAAGGAAUACAUGUCUGAACUGCCGGUCAGUCCAUUCUCAGACGCAGGGACAGGAUCAUUGUUUGGCUCCAUUCGCCGCCAUAGUUCUUAUGACUCGUUACAAAAGUCCCCUUCACUCAGAUCCCAUCGACGAUCCCCAUCCUCCGAUUCAUACAGAGGGCGAGAGACGUCCUCAAUCAGUUCCCUUGGUAGGUCGACGAGUGCAAGUUCCGUCAUUCACAAACCGAACCUAUCUCUGGGCAUGGCUGUAGAGGGAGUUGAGGAGAAGCAGCUACAUGGCGAGAAUCAGGCUCACCAACCACCUGUAGUCCUUUAUCCGCUCACCCACGCGUGUUUUCAGAAGCAGGACUCCCUUGAGCCAGUCGUCAAUAUAGCUGUCCCGACAAAUUUGGACGGGCCCGAGGCACGUCGAUUGAUGCAAAAAUCAGACAGUGGCUACAGCUCCAACUACUCGGUGCAGGCAUUUCAAGAGGAUCCGAGACCACUGCCGAGUCUCACUCCAACUGUGAAAGUUGACCAACCCGAUACAGAAGAAACACAGUUCCCACAGACUUCACUAGCACCAACGACUCAACUCCAGCAGCGAUCGUCGAUUCUUAAGAAGCGCAACACUCUUUCGGCCCUCCCAACUUUCGAUGAUUUGCACCAAGUCGUUCGUCCGCCGAAAUCCUUGUCACCUGUUCCGGAUCCUGUCGCCAUUCAAGUCGCACCUGUCAAGACACGGAGGAGACUUCAGAAGAAGAGACCUCAAAGUCAGCCACCUCCAAAGAUCUCGGUCACGAGGGUUAGCUCUGUGGAAGGAGACUCUGUUCCGGCCAUUCCGUUUCACGUGCAGGAAAAUCUUCGCAUUCGCGCCCAAGAAGUACCGGAGUUAAACCAGACCUAUAGCCGCUUAGACAAGCAGGCCAGCAAUUCGACAAUGAAUUUUGUUAUCAAGGAUAUCAGAUUCCCGUCCCCGGAACCGGAAUUCUCUGUGGAACCAAAGCGAUCGAGGUCUCGAAGCCGUCCCAGAUCCUGGAUUGGGAAGUCGAGGGAUGAAUCAUUCAAGUCCAAGCCCAAACCCGCAGAACUCACACCCGCCAACGCUAUGGCCAUCAUCAAUGAUUUUGGCACGGUGGUCAAUUCACUGGGAUCAAGUCCAUACGAUUUGGCUCACGAGAACCUGCCAUUUCGUCAGACGACCAACCCCCAUAGCGUCUCGACGGCCGUUCCGCGACCGAGAUCAAUGAUGGAUGACAAUACCGCUUUGCAAUUUCUACAAUCUCGAAGGAGGUCGAUGCAAGAACAUGAGCGUGCUCAUUCACGAAAAGGAUCCUUUAACGAUCGAGGAGGCAUUCCUGGUAAAAAUCUUCGACCAGCCAGUCUUGUCAUCGACGCCCCUCCCAUAACACCAGAAAUGCUGCAGACUGUCUAUCGAACAUCUUCGCUUCAGGGCCCUUCCUCGGCCGCUGCCGACGCUGAAGCCCCCCCUCCUCCACCUCAUUCGCCAAAUCCUGCUUAUAUACACUACCAGGAGGACUAUUCACCUUCAGUACGCUCAUCCAUCGCUGCUGGCUCCGGGCCCCCGCCUGAUUAUUCUCCUCCCCCAAUUCCCCCUGAUGAUUGCCCCCCGCCUCCUCCAUCCCAUUCUCCGCGACCCAGAGACAUCAGCAUGGAUCCAUGGUCUGCGCAAGCUGCGGCAUGGAAGGCUCGCAGGAGAUCAGCAGGGCUUGCGCUCACAGCUUACUCGUCUCAACCCUCAGACGCAGAUGCAAGGAGACAUUCCAAGGGCGAGCCCCUAUAUCCCGACAUACCUCAUCGCAUCCAACCGCACGUGCUCGACACUUCAUAUACUGUCCCUUCUGAAGCCUAUGAUCCGACGUAUGCACGGAACUACGAGGAAUAUCAUCAUGUUCGUCGGCAGCAUAUCGAGUACACUAGCCGAUUACUCAGUCAAGGGAGUUACAAUGGCUUACCCCAGACUGAUUCAGACAAUCAUGGACGACAUGCUUCCUCCAAGCGUGAAGUUUCGCCUAAUCACGGGCCCAAUUUCGAACAUGGUCAGAUCCAUGAAAACACCAUGCGGAACACUGGAAACAUGGUUCAGGCGGGUUCGUCGCAACAACCAUAUUCCCUAGUGAGGAGUAGUCACUGUCAGGUUCCCCAUGUAUCUGAGGACUUGCACCCACCCCAGGUUGAUCAACCAUAUUCACGUGGCACAAGCCACGGCUCUGAAACGGCUUCUGGUUUACGGAGUUCAGGAAGGACAAGUCUUGCAAAUGCUACUACUAUGAUACCACGAAAACCUUUGCCAAUUCGACCUAGCUAUGGCGCAGGUUCGGGGAAUUUGCUUAUUGGGAGGAUGGUUCGAGCUUGAAGCCCGUCAGAAAUUCAUGAAAUGUUAUUGCGAUGGGAUCAGAUUUCAUUUUUCGACAUUCUUCACCAACGCACACGAGUUGAAUGUUUUGGAUAAGUAAUCACGACAUUUUGCCUUCCUUUGAUGGAGGAUCGAGAUAGGCGUAAUAGGUCACAAAUAUAUACGGAAAGCGACC